AUGCUGGAAUUGCCAAACCGAAGUUCCAGGACGACUGCCCUCGGAUUCGACCUCCGUCUCCUGUUGCUACCAGAUGCGGAGGACGAAGUGGUACCCAAUGUUGCAGCUGUUACCUUACUCUCCCAGUUGCUUCAUAUGAUUCAAUGUGACCUGGAGUGGGUUUUGAACGGUGUGCAGUUCAAAUCCCAGUUCACAUCGAGCCAUUUCAACGCUCAAACCGACGGAGUGUUGAAGCACAAGCUCAGCAAGCAUGAACACUUGGCUGCAGCCCAAGGCUUCUGGAUUUUUCCGGUCAUCUUUCAUCUUUGUUGCUCCCGACGUAAGAUGGGCGAUAAUAUAGUCGAUGCGAACAACAGAGAGAUCUCGAUCGGUGCUGAUAUCCCUCAACUCCAGGUCAGCACAGUCGAGCUCCGGUAUAUAAAACAAGUACAGCGUGAGCACAACGCGUGUACUAUGAUUUGA